CCACUGACUUUUCAAUUAAUUCUCUUCCUUUCCGUUCCUCUCUCUUGUCUUCGUUCCCGUACGUGAUCCCUCUUUUUCUCGACUCCUUUUGUUUGUAGUUGCAUUCAUACAUCCAUCAUGGCAGAGCAGACUUUCAUCAGUCCAGCAGAUGGCAAUGAGGUUUUCCAGGCUAAGUAUAUACCAAAACAGAAAGGUCCUCCGGCGUUGGACUCUCCCAGCAUGAAGGCAUACAUAUCCACCUUCCCGUCGUUGGGUCGGGUAACUUCAAUCGACCAUAGUACAAGUGUUUUUACUGCUCUGCUUGAAGUUGAUGAGGGUCGUGCAAAUGAUCCCUGGCAGGUUUCAUUAUGGCAUUCAAAUGGUGGGGAAUGGCGUGAAGUUCCAAUGGAACCAUUGACGAAGGCCUCCUCUCAGCCCAUAUCUUUACAGGAUUCCAAAGUAACCUCAGGUCUGCAUAAAAUCUACUUCACCACAUCACUGGCAAUCAAUCUACCAACGAGCUUUACCAUCAAAUUCCGCAAUGGCCCUGACAAAUCCUGGAAAUGGGUCAGGGAUCAUCAAGGGACGCAGGACGGGAUUGUCAUGUUGAAGACUAUCACAAGUCAGGAUGCAAUCUCACGCGAUUUGAGGGAUUAUGUCGAAGAUCUCAAUCCCAUUCUUCAGUCGAAGAAUUAUCUGAGCCAAUCUCCUGGGACAACUCUUUGGUCUGUUGAAGUAGUGGUUGAAGCGGCUGAUGGAGAGAAGUCUGCCAUCAAAAAUUUCAAAUUCGGCAUACCCUGGGGGUACCAAAAGUUCUCGAGAUGGUUUGCCCUGACCCGCAUUUGGUCUCCUUGGCUGGCACCAAGACAUGGCAAGGCUCGUUUUGAACUUGACAAAGAAGCCGUCAUGUGCUCUUUUCUGAGUCUGACUGGUAAACAUUUGGUUUUGCUGGCUAUUAGCGGUGUUGAAGAUGUCAUGACCUUAUUCACAAGCGUUGAUGGUGCUGUCAAUUUGCAAGUGCGGAAUGAUAGCAAUCAACAGAGGGUUGCUAAAGUUCUUGUUGGACUAGGCGAUGACUUUGAAUCAGCUAAUGCUGCUGUCAUGUACCACGCGAGGGGAAUUGUCGCCGCUGUAGAAACUGCGACGGGGGAACAGCAGCAGGAGAUUGCAGCACUGAAAGAGGGUGGCGAAUCAACGAAAGUAUGGGCAGAAAACUGGUAUGAUGGUUUGACUUACUGCACGUGGAACGCACUCGGCCAACGACUCACGGAGGAGAAGGUUCUAAAUGCCGUUGAGGCACUGGCGAAGAACAAAAUCAAUAUCACGAAUUUUAUCAUUGACGACAAUUGGCAAUCAAUUGACUAUCUCGGACAUGGCCAAUUUCAGCAUGGUUGGGUCGAAUUUGAGGCCGAGCGAGAGGCCUUCCCAAGUGGCCUCAAGCAACUAGUCUCUAAAAUCAGAGAGAAGCACCCGAGCAUCCAACAUAUCGCAGUAUGGCAUGCUAUCUUGGGCUAUUGGGGAGGUCUCUCACCAGAUGGAAAACUUGCGAAGUCCUACAAGACUCGAGAGGUAGUCAGAGAAGAUGCUAAAAGGAGAAACUUGCCGCUUGGUGGAAAGAUGACAGUCGUGGACAAAGAAGACGUAGGGAAAUUCUACGAUGAUUUCUAUCGUUUUCUCUCCUCCUGUGGAGUGGACGCGGUGAAAACUGAUGCCCAGUUCAUGCUUGAUACGUUUGUUUCAGCAGAGGCCCGCCGAGAGCUGAUUUCUACCUACCUCGAUGCUUGGACUGUUUCCACUCUCCGACACUUCAGCAUCAAAGCCAUAUCAUGCAUGUCUCAAACACCUCAGAUCCUCUAUCACUCUCAACUGCCCCAAAACAGACCACCGAUUCUCGUCCGAAACUCUGAUGACUUCUUUCCCGAAGUCCCAACCAGCCAUCCAUGGCAUAUCUGGACCAACGCACAUAAUGCUCUGUUCACACAGCAUUUGAAUGUCAUUCCUGAUUGGGAUAUGUUUCAGACCGUCCACGAUUACUCUGGCUUCCACGCCGCAGCCCGAUGCGUGAGCGGUGGACCGAUAUACUUUACUGAUGUUCCUGGCCAGCAUGACUUUGACCUUAUAAAUCAAAUGACGGGACCUACGCCUCGUGGAAAGACUGUCAUCUUCAGACCUAGCGUCGUAGGAAAAGCCUUGGAUCAGUAUAAUGGUUAUGAUGACGACACUUUGCUUCUUGUUGGAACAUAUCACGGAGCAGCAGUAACCGGCACGGGCAUAAUCGGCUUCUUUAACGUUUCCCAAAGACCCCUCUCGGAACUGAUCCCACUGUCCAAGUUCCCCGGUGUCAUCGAGGCACAAUUCUACAUCGUGCGGGCGCACUCUAGCGGCCUGAUCUCUAGGCCAAUGCAAGUUGUUGACCGCAACGCCUUGCUAUACAUCUCCCUAGGAGUCCGGGGCUAUGAUAUUCUUUCCGCGUAUCCAUUAAGAGGUUUUGUGGACGAGAAAAAAUCCGAGACAACGUGGAUUGCCAAUCUAGGAUUACUGGGUAAGAUGUCAGGCGCAGCGGCCGUGGUGGAUAACAAGAUCACGAAGUUAGAGGGCGGAAGGCUUUUCAUCGAUACUAACAUCAAAGCUUUGGGCGUUCUCGGCAUCUACAUAUCCGACCUUCCCAAACGGUCAUUCCAAGAGAACCUGCUCAUCACGAUCCUUGGAGAGGUCUUGCCCGUGCACACGGUCAGCGUCAGCAAACUCGACGAACAUGUUCUUCAGAUCGAUACCGAGAAAGCGUGGAAGGAGCUAGGUCUAGAGAGUAGAUGGAGUAAUGAGGUCGAGGUUAAGAUUUAUAUCAAUCCUAUACACUAGGCCUGAUAUCGAAUAUCGAGCGGCUAAGUCUAGAGCACUAAUUGAAACCUGGUCAUUUUCCUUGAUUGAAGCUGAUCUUAAGGUGACAACGCUGAGGAAUGCUCUUUUAUCUCUCCCUCUCCCUCUCCCUCUCCCUCCUUUCCCGCUUUCCUAAUCUUAGUUCUCGAGCUCGGGGUAUUUCGACAAAGAAAAGGUUAAUCAUAGGGCUUUGGCUUGAUCUAAGGAGUAUUUGACAGCCCUCU